AUUAUUCAUUAUUCAUGGUGAAACUAAAUUGAAUAUGAUUUGUCCAGUUGGUAGUGAUGCAGAAAAACGUUACGGUCGUCCCAUUGAUUAUAUUUGUACGAAUCCAUCACCAAUAGUUCCUCUACAAUCAUGUUUACUUCCAUCAGAUAUUUUAUUCGAUUCAAAUAUAUAUGAACCAAUUGUAUCAAAUGUCUGUCAGGAAAAAAUGAUCAAUAUUAAACAAGGAGAAGAAGACGAAAUAAUAGUACUAGAAUAUAAUAAUGAUAAUCAAAAUGAUAAUGAUCAGGAUUAUUCAAUGUAUGAAGAACAAUUCGAUGAAAUGACUCUUUACAAUAAACGAGAACAGGAAAUGCAAGAUCUUCUAGAAAUUAUUCGAGAUACUCAAUCUAUGGACGAUAAUACAGUUAAUAGUAUCGUACACGAAUCAAAUGGUAGAUUACACACCAAAACAAUCGAGAACAAUAAUAAUCAACCUUCAAAUGAAUUACAAACAUUACCAUCAUCAUCAUCAUCAUCAUCAUCAUCAGUCAUAGUAACAACAUAUCCUGAUCCACCUAUGAAUCAAACGGGUAGAAUUGCUCAUCAUGAUCAUUCUUAUACUAAAUAUGGUGAUCUUGACCGACAAUCUAUUGCUAAAAUAUGUCAAUUUAAUCUUCAAUCACCAUCAUCAUCUUCUUGUCGACAACUAAUGCGAUUAAAUCGUAAAUCAUUCGCUAUUAUAUCAUGGACCAAUGUUUCCAAAGAUGCUGUAAUGAAUCAUAUUAAACGAGAAUUCCCUCUAGAAAACAUCCAAUAUAUUUGUGUUGGUAAAGGAAUCAGUGAAAAAGAUCAUCAACAAACUUUAGAGGUACAAAUUAUUUUUAAAGAAACAAUCAAUAAAAAAACGCGAUUUCUUGAUGGAAUUACUCAAACAUGUUGUAAUUAUAAAGUGACAAAGAAUGUUCUUGCAUGGAAUGACUAUAUUAAAAAAGAUAUAAACUGUCUUGAAUUUGGUCAAUUUGAAUCGACAACAUCUCAUAGAUGUAAAUAUUCGUCAUCACUCUCAUUAUCAACAACUGCAGCAAAAUCAGCAGCAGCAUCAGAAGCGAUACUCGAAGCAACAGCAAAAGCAGCAAAAAAAGCAAUAGCAAAAGCAGUAGCAGCAAAAGCGAUAGCCGAAGCAACAGCACAAGCAGCAAAAAAAGCAAUAGCAAAAGCAACAGCAGCAGAAGCGAUAGCAAAAGCAGCAGCAGCAGCAGUAGCAGAAAAAAAUGCCGUCUCUAUUUCUAUUCCAUUCGAUCAGAAUCAACCAUUAGUUCUAAAAAGAAAAACAACGGUAGAAGCACAAGCAGAAAAAAGAUGUAAAUAUAGUAAUGAAAUACCGGAACAAUCACUUGAACUAGCACAAACAAGUAUGCUUUUAAAUAAUGAAUCUAUUGAUAAAAUUCACCAGUAUAAACAAAGAUCUGAAUACUAUUAUUCACUAAUUUGA